AUGACGCCACCGGCGGACGGCGAGAAUAUCAAGAUCGGUGCUUAUGAAGCUGCAAUAUCAAUCGAAACGACACGUACUGAUAAUCUUGGAAGCUCUAUGCAAUCGAACAAAGCGCUAGCCUUGCCUGUUAGUCCUACAGCAGCUCAAGCUGAAAGUGAAGGCGAAGAAGAGGACGAGAUGGUAAAUGUACUGGAGGAUUUAAUCCUGGAAGCAUACAACAACAUGCAGAUCGACGGGGAAUACAUUUGUCUACCGGAUAAAGUGGCAGAAAAGCUGCAUCAAGUCGCUGAUCAGAUUACGUUACAGCAGAGUAGAGAGGUGCAGCAGCAGCAGACGGAGAAUUGCACAAGUACUGGAGAAAAUAGCGGUAGUGAAGAUCUGGCUUCUAUGAGGGAUGAAGUAGAGGAGGUAAAGGUGCUACAAGAGGAAGUAUCAACACUUCAGCCUGAUCCUGAGCAGGAAAUGGAGCAGAAACGGGAGAUAGCACUGGUAAGCGAAAUCGAGAACGGUGGUGUGCAGGACAAACGUGGCGAUGCAAGGAAAGAUGAAGAGACCAAGCUACAUAAGGUGCAGGUAUUGUUAGCUGAGACGGCAAAACUGCGUGAAGAGCAACACAAGCAACGGAUUAAUCGAGAUGUGUCAGCGGAGAAUAUCUGUAGAGAGCUCUCUCCUGUACCCGAAAUUGAUGAAAGUACCUCAAGCGAACCACCGUCACCGUCACCGCCACCGUCACCACGGCUAUCGCAAUCGCAUAGUGCAGCGAAUACGCCAAUAGUAAGAGCAAAAAAGACACCAGCUCACUGCCACGGACGCUUUGCUUCUCCCUCCCUCACAUCAUUGACUACCACUAGUCCAAGCCCAAGUCACAUCGGAAAAUCUCCAGUGUAUCGAACGCCUGUUCAGUCUAGUGGUAGCAAACAAAAAGGCAAAAUGCUCACGUACGAAACGAGGAGGGAAGCUGCGCUUAAGCAAAAAGAAGACAAAAAGAAGCGUGAGCUACUCGUUCGUGAAACUGCGCGUAAACAGCGUGAGGAUUCAAAACGGAAGCUGGAGGAGAAACAACAGCGAGAGAUGGAAGAAAAACGUGAGCGUCGAUCCGAGGUAAAAAAGACCAAGGCAACGGCUAAAUUGAAGGCAACAGCAACGUCUAAAGCUAAGACAACAGCUGCUAAAGAUGCAGAUAUUACAUCGAUUAUACGAAGUACACCACAGCAGACACUCACGCGUCACCGUGAGGAAGAAUUUCUUGCGUUUGUGCGCUUUGCUUUAGAGAGCAAUUUGGCUCUAACUGGUCGUAUAGGGACUUGUGUCUCUACUGUGUGUAAUGCGAUGCUUACUGCACUAAGUGUUAAUGGAAAGGAACGGAUGCUAGCACCUAUGCAGAUCCUAUCCAAACUACCACGGACUGAGCGGAAGCGUGUGUGUGGCGCCAUCUUUUCAGCUGAUGAAAUUGCCUAUAGUUGUCGUAAUUGUCAGUUAGAUACCUCGUGUGUUAUGUGUAAGGAUUGUUUUACCCAUAGUGAUCAUACAGGACAUGAUGUCUACUUCCAGAGGACAACAGCGGGUAGCUCAUGUGACUGUGGAGAUAUUCAUGCCUGGAAACAUAGUGGAUUUUGUUCAAGACAUAAAGGAGUGGAAAGUGGAAAAAAGAAACACAAGUUGCCAAAGCAUAUUGGGUUAAUGGCACCCGUAGUGAUUGAGGCGGUUGUGGACCAUCUUUACCAUGUCUUGCUGGGAACGGAAUAUGCAUUUGAGCUUGCUGAAGCUUUAGAGAUCUUUACGAGAGAUAUUUCACCAAACAUAUUACCAAUUCAGAGUGAUACCGAUGUGGCAAAUGCUACUGAAAGCAAAAAAAGCUGUGGCGUCAGUAAAAAUAACUCGGUGUCGACGCGAUCUGCGCGGCUGUCAGCACAAUUUACGGCCGAAACUGGAUCGAAUUCUAUUGGACCAGGCGGCAGACUGGAGGCACAGACAAGUGAAUUAAAGCGUGAGGCAUCAAAGACAGAUGAUCUGUCAAGCGGUGAAGUGCUAUUCGGUAUUCGUCUUCAUAAUGAUGAUGUUCACUCGCUCAAUGAAGUGGUCAAUCAUCUGUAUGUGGAAUUGGGAAUAGCGAAAGCUCAAGCGCGUACUAUUGUCAGCCAAGUAGACGAUCAGGGCGAUGCAAUUGUUUCAACAAUGCCGCUGCUGCUGUGUCCGGGGAUUGUUGGCAAUUUGGUACGUGGCUCACUAAACAUCUCCGUCGCACCGGUAUGGUGGGAAAAGCAAAUGGAAGGUAUACCUGCUCUUUUGAAGUGGCUGCAAUAUGUUGGCACCACUUCUGAUGGACUCCGCGAACUUGUGUCUGAAGCCCUACAAAAGAAGCGAUCUCCUGCUUUUAGAGGAUUUGUAUCCAUGUCAAGCAGCUUGCCUGUGGGAAAAACGGUCAAGGAGUUUGUGAAGGAACGUCAUAUCCGUUUGCACAAUCAUGCUUUAGAUGCUCUUGUUGCCCUCAUCGGUGAAGACAAGGACGUCUGUACGUGGGCGUUUCAGCAAGAAACUGCGCAGCGACAGCGUUUCAAUUUUUGUGCUGAAGAUAGCGCAGUCUCCGUCGUAUCCACUGAGUUUCUCGCUGAAGGGAGUCAUGUUACGUGUAAAAACAUAUUUAUUGACAAGUUUGUCAAGACCGUGUCGCUGAGUUCUUUGUACCGCCGCCACGAGAGUGUCAGGAAGAGUUUUGACGUUGUGGUGUCCAAAUACUUUACAUCGGAGCAAGAAAACGAUUCUGGUACUUUAUCAGCUCUGACGCUACUAAUGCGGUACGACUGUACUUUGCGGAAGAGUGCUGUGGAGCAAUCGCAUUCGUUUUUGCGUGAGCACUUGGUUGAUAUCCAUUUUCGGGCUAGCAUGCUAGAGGCGUAUGUGCAUUCAUACUCCUCGAUGACAAACAUGUUUUUGCGUGGCUUAGGCAAUUCAAGUGACUCCAUUUUUGAUUUUGCCGUGCAGUUUUUGACGGUGCCUCAUCUGGUACAAAACUACACGACAAAAGAAGUAGCAGCGCACCCUGGACGACUAGAGCUUGUUCGCGAACUACUUUGUGCUCUAAACACGAUAUUUCAGUCUGCUGUCGACAAAAAUGACAGGUUGCUUAACGCUGAUCACCCUGCUCUUAACAGUCAAAAGUACAAGCAUUGCGUGGAGAAUAUAGAAUACGUAUUUAAUAUUGGACCUCUAUCGAGUGAGCUUGUGUGCAAUGCAGGCAACCUGAAGAUAUGGCUUUCUUGCCUGAACAUUUUACAGGGUGGCGAUCCUCAAGUGCGUCAAGGUAUUCAUCAAAAUCAUGUGGAAUACGAGUCCGACAGCUGGUUGUCGAUGUUUAAUCUUGGUAUCCGUGUGCAUUCGGUGUUUUCGAUAUCCUGGAACGGUUUUAAUCCAUCGCAUUUUGAAAAGCCUGAAGUGAAAGUAGCCGAGAUUUUUGGCCCAAUUAUUGAAGCUACUCUUGCCUCGUCAACUCAACUUAACGAAAAGGUGGCAAAAAAGAAGCUAGUACCAGUAACAAAACUUAUGUCUGUGAGCAAGAGGAGCGCCAUCAGUCGAGAGAAAAGCAUUCUGACGUAUGACUUUAACGUAGCGUCUCAGCCAACCUCUCUGCACAUACCUUUGCACCGCUUCUUGACAGCUGCCGUGAGACAUAUUUGUAUAAGCCCGUCAGGCUUAGGAAACACCAUUCCUUCAAACGGUCUCCUGAGGGUGUUUGGAUUUGAUCAGUUGCCCGUCGACAAGCAAUGGGAGCUCGUGGAGAUGCCACUUCGCUGUUUGGUGAUGGCGUCCCAAAUCCAAUCCAAUUUGUGGCGCCGGAAUGGAGAUGAGAAUAUGCUGGCGCAGCUGUACAAUUAUUCUGCUCUGCCUUAUUGCAUUCACUACCGUGAUGCUGACAUGUUUAUGCUGCAGCUCAGUGUUCUGAUGACUGGCCCAGAUGCUUUGUUGGCACGAAUGGUAGAUCGGUUCCAACUUGGCAGCUAUUUCGUGCUGCCUAAUGAAGCUUUAUCAAAGGCUUCCAACGAAUGCAGUAUCAUCGAAUCAGACGAGUUGGUGAAGCAGUUUGGAUAUUUGGGAGUGGAACAGGGUGUCGAUGAGCAGCAAAGUCUGCAAAUGCUUGAGGAAUUCUUGCGUCUUGUAAUCACGCUUGGUACGAGUCUUCCGAGUGCUACUGGUAUAACCUACGAUAACGAAUUUUUGGCGGAAGAGAUGUUGCAGCAGUUGUGUGCAAAGCCAGUUCCGUUUAGCAAGUUGCUCGACCUUGCUAUCCUACCCUCAGGCCAAGACGAUAUUCCGACAUCACGGUUGGAGGGUAUUCUUGCGACGGUUUCCAAUUUUGUGCCGCCGUCUGGGCUGGAGCCGGGUCGUUAUGAACUGAAGAAGGGUCUGCUGGAGAGCUACAACCCAUACUUUCUUCAUUUAAAUCGUGAAGCGCACGAGUUAGCUCGUGAUCGCUGGACGAAUUAUCGCAAUAUGUGCCGCCAGAAGUUGAAGACAGCUAGCCCCGACAGUCCGCCAAAGGAACCGUUGAAGGCAGCUAAGCCUCCUGUUGACUUUUUGCGUCCAGUCCAGACGAUUUUGACUUGUGAGAGUACUGUCGCAGUCAUCCAGGUGAUCCUUUGGAAAGUAGUUUCCUCAGUACAUACUGGGUCGGCAUCGGCAGUCUCCGAGAAAAAUGUUUCUGACGCUGUCAUUUCGACUUGUUUGCACUUGCUUGUUCACGGUGUUCACACUGCAUCGAAUGGUUCAGAUCGUCGCUUCUGGGCCCGGUUGAGUAAGGCAAAUACUGCUGCCUCCAAAAUGUCGAUUUUGAACUUGUUGAGCCAAAUGCUCGAACAGGCGACAACGCUGCUCGAUAGCGAGCAGACCGGAACGGUCGAGUGGCUAAUUUGGAAAAUUACUAUGGAAUCACCUGUUUGUAGAAAAGUGUUUGAACAGAUUGCCAGCGAUACAAAGGUGAAGCAAGACAAGGCUGAGGCGUCGCCUUUGAUUUCAAGUGGUUUUGUACAAAAUGUUUGCUCUCCACAGAUAACGCUAGAGCAGCGAAAAUUGGAGGCAAGGGAAAGAGUGAUGGCGGCAAUGGCAAAGCGACAAGCCGCUUUCCAGGCGAUGGUCGAUGUUGCGGACGGAAAGGGCGAAGAGAAAGUGGAUCAGGAAGGAAAUUCAGCUGACGACGCCGAUGCGUUGCUGGGUAAACGUAAGGUUUCGAUGGUAGACGGACCGGAUGAAAAGCGCCAAAAAGUGAGAAAUGAGCGGCGCUACAACUGCAUCCUCUGUCACGACACAUCGUCUCAAGGUCAAAUGGGGAUGGCAGCCUACGUUCACCAGUCUACUGUCUUAGCUGCUGGAUUUAGACCGGAGCCAAAUGAAGCGCUCGGCAUGGAGGGUAAGAAAGUUCGUAGUCACGUGAAAACUGUUAUUGAGAAGAUGGAGCUGUGCUCAGGUGGAAGUCCGACUUCGUCCGAUGAUGCAAAUUCAUCACCCACUCUGCGCGCUUUUGCAUCCACUUUUCCGGAAUGGUCCAUGGACGGCUCGUUAGACGACGAGCUUGCACGCGAUAAUGCGACACAUAAUAGUCCUCGCACGGCAGCGGCUCGCCGCCCGCGUAAUGACCGCAUUCGUUUUGGAAAUGGAAACAUCCCGAUGCUUGAAGGUGAGCUUUUACAGACAGACGAAGAGCUGGAAGUUCUUGAGGGUGUUUUGGAUCUUCGUGAUGACCAACAGCUAUUACCCGCGGAUAUGCGUGGAGCAGUGAAUCUGGAUCUUCGCGGUGAUCGACUUGCGCCACGUAGAUUGGGAGAGCUUGAAAUAGCUGGAGCUCGUGGUGGCACUGAACGUGACCAAGGAGGGAUAAUGUAUAAUAGUGACGAAGAGAAUGUUUCAUUACGUUUUCACUUGGAGCAUAUGCCACCAGGGUUUGGACAUACUCAUGAAAGCGCCAAGCUUUAUCUCACUCCGUGUGGCUUGCAUAUUCGUACGUGUCAACACGCGGUGCAUAUUCAAUGUCUCGAGCGCUAUAUUACUUCUUUACAUGAUAAAGCGAUGCGUGGUGAGGAAUUUGAUGGUGUUCAAGCAAUUGAUCCGGACUCCGCAAUGACACAGUUCUUAUGUCCAUUGUGCAAAACUUUAAGUAAUUUUUUGAUUCCAACAUCGGAGCCUCGCCUUUCAGGUGCGAAAGGGGAUGAGUUGGAGCACAAGCGUGCAGGACGUUUGUCGAUUGAUGAUGAAAACGAAAAGUCGUCUGCUUGGGACAGUAUUGUAGAGGAACAAUUAUUGAUGCCUGGAUGGUACCGUUCUGUGCUAGGACGCGAUGGUGAAUUUGAAGAUGACGAAAACGAUACAGAUCAUGAUUUGUGGCGGGAUUAUUUCGAGGAAACGCUGUGGGAGCCUCACGGCAGCUUGGAGAAAGGCGCACCUUUCUUAUGGUCCGCGUGUGCUUUUACCGUGGCAACUUUCUUGACUGCUGCGGAAGAUGAGUACCAAAGUGCCUCUAAGAGCAGCGCAAUCUUUGAUCCAUUGAUAGACCACUGCCCUCCAUCGUUGGAGAAGGAGCUAGAGUCAUUGAUAGCAGUCACGAAGUUUUGCCGAUGGACGUUUUCACUUUUGGAGCAUAGUGCUGACGCGAAGGUGAUUUGGGAGACUGCUAAGCGCUGCUGCCCAAUCAACACUGAGACAAAGCGCGAGUACCGCAAAUUUACGAAGGUCCUCGGCUCAAUCGAUGCGUGUCUUCGGGGAACUAUUCUCGGACUUCUAGUAGCGGAUACGUUUACGGCUUUCGUAGUUGCCAGUGUGAUUGCAGAUGGACUCGAGACUAUUCGGCGAUUUAUUCCAGUAUUUGCGGCUGCGGAUCUCCUUCAGCGCCUGCAUGCCGAGUUUUUCGAGCAUAGCAAGAUUGAGGGGUCGCCGCUUUUCCAGGACAAAUUCUCGGCUGUUGCAGCAAGCGAAAGUAAGAAUAUAGCACAUUCUAGAGCUGCUAGCGAGUCUGUUCUUGCACCGCGUCGCACCCGAAGUGGCCGUGCUAUCAGCCUUAGCCCGGCCACACCACCUUCUGGGACCGGUGUUGGGUCGGCGCAACAACUGAUGGAAUCAAUGAAAGCUUCAGGCGAAGGUGACUCUGACGCGUGUACUGCAUUAUUAUUAUUGCAACGCAUGGCGAAAGCGUAUCCUUCUGAGAAGCUGAAGCCCCUCGCGACAACAAGCGAUGUAAAUGCGCGACUGCAGCGAAUUUUGCCGCCAAAUGCUGAAUUUGUUCGACGCAUGAAUCUUUUCUGGCGCUGUCUGGUGUGUGAGGGAAUUCGUGCGCCCACAAGUACAAGGGUGAUACAAGCCCCAACAUUGGUCGACAUAGCUUGCAGUCCAGAUGCCACAUUUGACGAAAUUUGGCGAUGGUGUGUAGACCGCAUGUUAAACAAGACCCACUUGGGAAGUUUGAAGGUCGGUGACAAAUGCGAACACAGUGAAGGCUGCAGUGAGGCAUAUGUUGCUAGCAUGUUUAUUCUUCGUGAAGUGCCCAUGCGACCGCGAUUAAUCGACUUGCCUAUCCAGUACGACGAACUUUACAGCGAGAUGGCAGGGCGCAAGUGCAUGCAGUGCGAUAAAGCGCCUUGUGACCCGGGUCUAUGCUUGAUAUGUGGUGAGUACUUGUGCUGUGGAGAUUCAUGUUGCACUCGUGCAUUCAUGCCACACGGACCACCAGUAGGUGAGUGCACACGCCACGCUGCUGAGUGCGGUGGUGGUGUGGGUAUUGUACUUCUACUUGAACAGUGCCGUAUCGCGGUUAUUGGAGGCAGCAUGGCAGCGUACUUUCCAAGUCCAUACGUCGAUUCCCACGGUGAAGAAGACGUUGGUCUACAGCGUGGACGACCACUUCGGCUGGAUAUAGUCCGCUACCGGUACCUCGAGUCACUGUGGCUUAACCAUCGUAUCUUCACAGAGGUAUCACGCCAACGUAACCAGCGAGACCCGCAGUAUACGAUCAAUCUAUCGUACCUGUAG